AUGUGGCUACCCACGAAACUUAACACUCGUCCGUCUUCACUUUUUAUGGAUACUCAGCCCUUCCCGUACCAGGAGAGAAGAUAUAGCAGGACAACCAUAUCUUCCAGCAUCGUGGCUUUGGGACAAACUCAUCCAGCCGGAAGGUCAUUUUACAAGGUGAACACGCCGCCGUUGAUUCAAUCAACAAUGUCCUCGAAUCCGUCAAUAUACCGGAAGCCAACUGAUACGUACAAUAGGCUAAGACAAGUUACACCGCGAGCCAAACCGUGGAAUCUUUGCCACGGGCCAACGUACUUAAACGUUUCCUCCGCCCAUCGAGGUGCCCGUUCAAGUGUCGUCAACCCGCCCGGAACGACGCACACGCGCUACCGCACCAUCACCUCUCAUGAAGUCAGAUACAUUUUCUAG